AUGAAGGUACUUCUACUCCUGGGCUUUAUUGCCACUGCUCUGACUGCUGGACCCUCAGCAUUUGAUGGGGCAAAGGUUUAUCGCCUAAAGCCUCAAUACGAGGGUCACGUUGAAGCAAUUAAGAACUUGGCAAGCAUCAUACAGGUUGAUUUCUGGAGCCCUGACAAUGAAGAAAUGGUUGCUGCACACACAAAUGUGGAUAUCCAUGUGAGCGCUGAACAGGCUCCACUUUUGGAAACCCUUUUACAGCAGAGCGGAAUGGAGCAUGAAGUGCUGAUUGAAGACCUCCAGUCUGCCAUGAAAAAUCAAUUUGACAACAAACAGCGUUCAACCGCUGGCUACAACUAUGAAAAAUACAACACCUUUGAGAAGAUUGAAGCCUGGACUGCCAGUAUCACUGCUGAAAACCCUAAUCUUGUCUCCAGAUCCCAGAUUGGAAGUUCCUUUGAAGGACGCCCUAUGUACCUUCUCAAGCUAGGCAAGAGAACUGGCUCCUCAAAGCCUGCUAUCUUUGUGGACUGCGGUAUCCAUGCUAGGGAGUGGAUCUCCCCUGCUUUCUGCCAGUGGUUUGUGAAGGAGGCUGUCACGACAUAUGGCUCUGAUGCUGAAAUGACCCGUCUCUUGGACAACAUGGAUGUCUUUGUUCUGCCAGUUUUCAAUGUUGACGGCUAUGCAUACACCUGGAGCAAGGACAGAAUGUGGAGGAAAACUCGUUCCAAGAACUCUGGUACCACCUGCAUUGGUACUGACCCCAACAGAAACUUUAAUGCAGGCUGGUGCAUUAUUGGAGCUUCAAAUAAACCAUGCAGUGAUACGUAUUGUGGAUCCAAAGCUGAAUCUGAGGUCGAAGUCAAAGCUGUUGCCGACUUCAUCCGUGCAAACCGUUCCAUCAUCAAAGCCUACCUGACCGUGCAUUCCUACUCUCAGCUGCUCCUGUUCCCAUACUCUUACACUACUGCACUGGCGGCUCAACACAGUGAACUGCUUGCCGUUGCAGAAGGAGCGUCAAAUGCUUUAGCCACACUUUAUGGAACACGUUACACUAGCGGCCCUGGAGCAGUCACAAUCUACCCUGCUGCUGGUGGUUCUGAUGACUGGGCCUAUGACUUGGGUGUCAAGUACUCUUUCACCUUUGAGCUUCGUGAUACUGGCAGAUAUGGAUUCCUCCUUCCAGAGUCACAAAUCAGGCCAACUUGCCAAGAAACAAUGCUGGCAGUCAAAUACAUUGCCAAACAUGUUCAGGAUAACCUUUACUGAAAUGGUUUGUAAGGAAUAAAAUAAAACAGAAUAAAUAAAACGCAUGAUAAUAUUA